GAGACUCCGGCAUACAGAACGCACUGCACUGGAAAGCAGACAGGGAUCACGCCUUCCUCCAAGGCUUCUCUUUGAACAACAAUUCCCUCCUGAUCCCCACCAGCGGCCUCUACUUUGUCUACUCCCAGGUGGUUUUCUCUGGGUCAAGUUGCUUCAGUGAGGCCUGUAGUCUUCUCUACCUGACCCACGAAGUCCAGCUGCUCUCCUCCACAUAUCCCCAGCCCAUGCCUCUCCUCAGUGCACACAGGUCUGUGCACCCAGGGAUACGGGAGCGGUGGAUGUGCUCCAUGUACCAGGGGGCUGUGUUCCUGCUCAACAAGGGAGACCAGCUGUUCACCCACACAGACGGAAUCUUUCAUCUAUACAUCCGCUCCAGCAAUGUAUUCUUUGGAGCUUUUGCUCUGUAG